AAGAGUUCGGAAACGGAACCGUCAAACAUACUACACACCGAACUUGUCUGCAAAUUAUGGACUCCCAGCGAGACUCGAAACGUUCCGGUGGCCGUUCCUGCAACCCCGGUCGGCGCUCCCGGAACCCGUACAUCAACUUUUUACGCGAUUUCCGGCGCUCCCACUGUGGCCUCCGGCCGGUCGAGGUGAUCCGUCAGGGGGCGCAAGCGUGGGGCAGGCUGACGGAGGAGCAGCGGCUUCCGUACAUCCGCGAGUCGUUCUAUCAUCCACUGCGCCGGAGGCCGUGUCGACCUGCCGCUAGGAUGGCGUCCCGCCGGAGGAGAUCUGGAAAGCCAAACAGAACGCGGAAGAGUUCUGGGAGAUGAUUUUUUUUGGGGAUGGAGGCGAUAAAUUAUUGGUGAAAUAAAUUAUGAGA